CGCCCUUUCUCCGUCGCCACCAUAUCGGUAACGCUGAACGAACGAAUGAGCGAAAAAAAAAAACACUCGCGAUCUACGUUCGCGCGACAAUUUUGCAUCACACACGUUCGAUAAUUUGCACCUCGCACUUACGAUCGCGCGCUAACUUUUUCUCUUUACUUUAACGCGAGGAAACAAGUGUGCGUCGGUAGAUCCUCCGAUUUUCGCGCUUCUUUACCUCCAAACAGAAUUCUUCUAGAUCAUCGAAAACCAUCCGCUGAAAAUCAUUCUCGUGAAAAUCGGGCACAUUGUCGUCGUCGUCGUCGUCGUCGUCGUCGUCAUCGUCUCUGCGGUAAACCAGCCGUCUCGCCAUUAUAUCUUGGGGUGUCGUUAUAACGAAGACAGUCUUGUGAUAAGCUUCUAGCGCACGGUGGAACAAGUUGUGUCGUGGAUCAUCAGGUCACUGGCAAUCAAGGAACGCAAUCACUUCAGAAACCCGCUGCUGCGCUGGUCAUCAACGUAUAAACAGUGCAUAGAUUGGAUCCCUGUGGGCCAUUUCUAAGCUCAGCGAGAGAGAACGUUCGGCCGUAAGAUGCAAGAAGGAGAAGAUAGAACGAAAGAAAAACGUUUAAUGUGAUGUACAGUUCGUGAAAAAGCAAGAGAAAGCCGCGGAAAGAAUUGCCGCACAAAUGACGACGUCGUUUUCGCCCGCCGCAAAAACAAUGGCAGACACACGUUUGAAAGAACUCUGACAUCCCUUGAAAAAACUUUCAUCUCAAAGUCCAUGGAGCCUUGGAAGAGAAAAUUGCGGAAAAUAGGGUCUGCGGGAAGUUCUGAGAUAGAGAUAGAAGUGCACGAGAAAAGUAACCGACGUUUAUCGGUCAGGUGUUGACUUCACGUUUGUCGAAAACGAGAAGGAAAAAACCUAAAGCUGCUGAUCCACUCUAACAAGAGCGGAUCAUGAUACAUUAUUUAACCAGAUGAUGAAUAGCGAUUACUGAAGACGGAAAAUACACUAUAGAAGAUCCACGAUGGAAGUCCAUGUCAAUCAAGCCGCGAACGCGAGCGUGGAAACGUCAGCCUUCAUCGUCGACGUUACAGUCAUUUUGAGAGCUACCGUACUUUGUAUCCUGAUCCUCAUGACUAUCAUAGGCAAUCUCUUCGUCAUAGCGGCUAUCGUGAUAGAGCGAAAUUUGCAAUCUGUGGCAAAUUACUUAAUCGUUAGUUUGGCUGUUGCGGAUCUUAUGGUGGCCUGUCUCGUUAUGCCUCUUGGAGCACUUUACGAGAUAAAGUCGGCAUGGUCACUCGGUCCGGAGCUCUGCGACAUGUGGACCAGCAGCGACGUUCUAUGUUGCACAGCCUCGAUAUUGCAUCUGGUGGCUAUCGCGGUCGACAGAUAUUGGGCAGUCACCGAUAUCAAUUAUAUACAGGCGAGGAAUCCGAGAAGAAUCGGUAUCCUGAUCUCUCUUGUGUGGCUGGUGUCCUUAGGAAUCUCAUUAGCGCCUCAGCUCGGAUGGAAGGAUCCUGAUUAUUUGGCUCGCAUAGCCAAAGGGACGUGUCUCGUGUCUCAGGAUUCCGCAUAUCAGAUCUUCGCAACUUGCGCGACGUUCUAUGUUCCUCUCCUGAUUAUCCUAGUACUGUAUUGGAGAAUAUUUCAAGCGGCGCGAAAAAGGAUCAGAAAGAGACCAGGCACCAUUCUUCAGCCGCCACGCGAACGAAGAGGCAUCCUCAGGCUCGUCACAAGAAGGCCACGCGAGGAGUCAACGGCGUUCACCAUCACGAGAUCCACGCCAGAUCACUCGUCCAUUUCGCCGGAAAAGUCGUCUUCGUAUAACGGCGCGAAUGUCACGCCGUCGACAACGGUGACACCGACCGCGGUCUCAACGACGACCACCACGACAACGGUGACAAAUCCGACUAGUUCGAGUCAGCAGCAGCAGGUGGUCAAAUGCACGAAGCGGUCGCGCGAAACGAUCGAGUCGAAGCGCGAACGAAAAGCGGCCAAGACUCUGGCGAUCAUCACCGGUGCUUUCGUCGCUUGCUGGUUGCCGUUCUUCCUGACCGCGCUGCUGCAAGCCACGUGCAACACUUGCAAACCGCCCGAGCUUCUCUCCAGUGUGUUCCUGUGGCUCGGAUAUUUUAAUAGUACUCUCAACCCCGUGAUUUACACUGUGUUCUCGCCGGAAUUCCGGCAGGCAUUCAAAAGGAUGCUGUGCGGUGGUACGCGGAGACUUCGCUGACAGUGGAUUUAAUUUUUUCUUUUUGUUUCGUGCGCGCGCGGAUCAAACACGACGAAGAAAUACGAAACUUUGUACAUACACGUAGAUAGAUACGCGUGCGCAACACGUUUUCAUUAUUACAUCGCCGGUUUUUUUCUCCGGUGUUUCGUAUAAUAUCCGGAUCUUCAGAUCUGCCGGAUAUUGAGAGUGAAUACGUGUAGUCACUAGUGUAUCUCGAUGCGAUAUUGAAAUCGACGGCUAAUAUUUUGUUUAUUUUUUUCUAUUAAUUUUUCUCGUGGACGAGCCUGGAAAAAAUCCUCGGAAUUUAUUUUCAAUUCUUUUAUCUCCUUUUCAACAUUUUAGUUUAUUAUUUUAAUAUGUGUAUACUAUGUAUUUUUUAUAUGUGAACUUUAGUAUGUGUGCAAUUUUUAUAUUUACAAACUAACGUCAAUAUCUACCUGAGUCGAUUCUAUCAGCAUCUAGACAGACAGUAUUCACAACAUUGUUUCUUCCCUUUACAGCUGUUCAAAGUAAUCGUGAGCUACGUGAUGUUAUUAUCAUAAGCGCUCUUAACGAAUACGGCUCAUUUCCGUAAACAUUAGUUAAAGUUAACUGGAACCUUACUCAAGGUUAACGUUAAUUACUGUCAUUACGAUCCUACGUAGAAUAUUUUCGCAAAAAACGCUUCCCUCUCUCAUAAGCAUGUCGAACGAAUCAAACGAACAAACGGCGCAACGUUACUUGCGAUUUUUCUCGUAAAUAAAUUAAAAAUCGAAAAAAGUGCGAGUGACGUUUGCUCCGAUAUGUAAUUGUACAGUAUUACGUAUAAGCGCGCGCGAUAGUGCUUAGCAAUCAUAUUCUCUUCCAAGCAUUACUUGUUAUGAAAUAUAGCUGUGUAUAAAAAGUUUUCAAUCUUGGCUGGUCUCCAAAAUACGUACGUAUAACGAUAUAAGGCUAAGUGUACAUUAUAAACUGAAAAACAAAAAAAUACGCGUGAAACAAAUACACUUACGUUAUUCUAUAUUUCGCGCGCGACAAUAUUCUCGCGCGAUUGUGUAUAAAAUAAAACAAAAAAUAAAACAAAAAAAAACAACAUUCCCACGUUUGAAUAAAAAGAGAACAACAACAGCUCGACUUGUGCUAGAUCUCUAACGCUUUUUAACUUGGUUGAAAGUUAAAAGUACUUGGAGAAUUUUCCAAGUGUAAAAAAAUUCUCGCCGCCUUAUAUAAAAGAUUUGCUUACGCAACUUUUCUCAUACGAAGUUUUCUUUUUAAUACGAAGUACAUAAGUAUAAAAUAUCCAACACACACACAGGCAACAGAAUUGAAUAGAAAGGUCGUUUCUCACUCUAACAUAUUAGAGUCUAAAUAAUAAAAUAACAUUCAAAGGAUAUUUUUGCAACAAAAAUACGCAAUUGUUUGAUG